CUUCCGUGUCAGAAGGGGGCCCUCGAGUCGGCCGGAUGCCAAAUCGCAGCACACGAAUCAAUGCUUGAACUGGUGGCAAAGUGCUAGCUCGACUUUCGGAUCCCUGAGCUAAAGAGCUACCCCUGCUUGCCAUCUGCGGUCGGGGUCUCUGAGCAUGUAAUAAGAAGUCGACGCAAAGAUUGAACUGGUUUCUUUUCGUCAGCUAGACUCGCCACUCUCUUGUCGUUCUGACUCCUAUAUACACAAAAGACAAAGAGAUCACAAGUCACAAAAUGAACGCCAACUUGAUCAGAUCCCGCCUGUUGCCGGCGGUGCAGGCUGCGCUGCCCAAGCAACAACUCAGAAACGUCUCAACUCGUUCGGUGCAAUGGGAGCUCAACACUGGCGCAAAGAACCCCGCCAUUGGCUUCGGAACGUUCCAAGACGCUGAUGCCCAGGAGGAGGCCGUGAAGACGGCGCUGAAAGUCGGAUUCCGCCACAUUGAUACCGCGAGAGUCUACGACACUGAGAUCCAAGUCGGCAAGGGCAUCAAAGCCAGUGGCGUCCCGCGCGAGGAUAUCUUCCUGGGCACCAAGCUGUGGUGCAACUCGCAUCACCCAGACGAUGUCGAGGCCGCCCUCGAUGCCUCCCUCAAGGACCUCGACACCCCUUACGUGGACCUGUUCCUGAUGCACUACCCUUGCACGUUCCAGCAGGGCGAGGACCGAUUCCCCAAGGGAAAGGACGGCAAGAUGAUUAUGGGCAAGACGACGUUUGUCGAUACCUGGAAGGCGAUGGAGGCGCUGCUCAAGACGGGCAAGGCGAAGGCCAUUGGCGUCAGCAACUUUAGCAAGGAUGAAGUCCAGACGCUUAUUGACAAGGGAUCGGUGGUUCCCGCCGUCCAUCAGAUGGAACUCCACCCCUACCUCCAACAACAAUCCCUCCGCGCAAACGGCAUCCACAUGACGUACUUCUCCCCCCUAGGCAACCAGAACUCCUUCUACCGCGAAGUCUCGUGGUCCAAGGAAGCCUCGCACAUGGCCCGCGUCAUCGACCACCCGACGCUCGCCGAGAUCGCGAAGAAGCACGGCAAAACGCCCGUGCAGGUUGCCCUCGCGUGGGGCGUCAACAGCGGCCGGUCCGUGAUUCCCAAGAGUGCGAUCGAGUGGCAGAGCAAGGAGAACCUCGAGUCGGAUUUCCUGCUGGACGGGGAGGAUAUGGAUAAGAUUGCAAAGAUGGACCUGAAGGCGAGGUUUAAUGUGCCGUCUCAGGAGUAUAGGUGGCAGUUGUACAAGGGGCUUGAUGGAGUUCAGUACUGGGUGGUGUCUGUUUGGCAAUUGGGAUCAUGGGUGUGGGCAGUCUUUAGCAAAUAG